GAAACCGUAGCCGCACGUCUCGUGUGGCGCCCCCCGCCAGAACACCACAGCCCUAUGUGAGCUGGGGAAUAACCAGGCAGAAAGAAGCCUGUAAUCCUGAUUGUGUCUUGCAUAAGACGCUUACCAGAACACCGAGUUCAUUGCUUCAGCCUGCAACAGGGGUGUGUGAAAUCCCAGCGUGAUCUUGGCGCCUCCUGUGCAGCGCCACGAGUCGCACUCGGCGGUUCCUGUGUGUCCUUUCCAGCUCGGGACAUUGUGUGCCUCGCAGGAGGAACGGUGCCUUCCUGGCCCUGCAGCCACGUGCCCGGCCCGCUUUGGGAUGAUGAUGAUGAUGAUGAAGUGAUGUUUCUCUUUGUGUCCCUGCAGCCGGGCACCCCCGAUGAGAGCCGCGUCUCCCUCACCGGCUCCUCGGGCCUCUGUCCCCGCAGCAGCUCCGCCUUCUGCCGUGGCGACCCCGGCACCGAAGCAGCCAGGGCUGAUGGCCCAGAUGGCCACAACUGCUGCCGGGGUGGCUGUGGGCUCGGCCGUGGGACACACCAUCGGCCAUGCCAUCACCGGAGGAUUUAGUGGAGGAGGCAGCUCCGAGGCUGCCAGGCCUGAUAUCACUUACCAGGAGCCCCAGGCUGCCCAGCAGCAGCAGCAGUAUGGUCCUUGCCACUAUGAGAUGAAACAAUUCCUGGAGUGUGCCCAGAACCAGACUGACCUCAAGCUGUGUGAGGGCUUCAGUGAGGUGCUCAAACAGUGCAGGGUGUCCAAUGGUAAGUACACAGUGCUGACAGGCAGCUAUUAAAUGGAAUAAUCACAAUAAAAUGAUCAUGGGAAUGAUGUCCUGGGGGUUUGAUGCGGCUGGUGGAGUGAUGAAGGUGCUCUGAAAUCAGGUAAAGCAGCUGCUGUUCUGUUGGGCUUCGAGCUUGGGUCCUGUAUGUGCAGCUGGAGUGGAGAGAGGGUGAAUUCCUGAUGCUUUGUGCAGGUGCAUGGAUUGAAGAUGACUGGAAAAGUGGCAGCAGCACAUUUGGGGCAUUAGCAGAGCUCUAAGGACAGCAAAACCAUCCUCUCCUGGGAGGAAGGAGGCAGCUGUGCAUCAGUGCUGGUAUCUGCAGUUUAGCAUAUGCCAGCAAAUGCAUGAGGGAAGGGGGAGCACCCUUAGAAAUCUGUCUUAGGGCAAGGAAAACACCUUCCAUUCAGAGAUCCAAAACUCACUGACAUAACUCCUUC